GUCCUGCUCUUCAUUUUCGUGACACAGUGGGCUCUGUCUUUUCACUUGGGGACCACGAAAAUCAUCGCUGAAUCCAUUCACCCCUCUCCGAUCGCUCUCUUUGAAGAUGGCUCUCUUGUCAUCCGGCACGUUGAGGGCGUGGCGACGGGGCGGGGCGGUGUUCCGCCCCGUGACCUCGGGUGCAAGUGCGUCCUCGGUUCGGUCGAUGCAUUGGGAUCAGGCUCGUAUUAUCGGCUCCACGCCCGAUCGAAACGCUCCCGAAUUUCAGGAGAAUCAAAGUAAAAUGGAGGGUGCGGUGAGCCAACUCAAGUCGGUAGUGGGACGGGUCGUCCAAGGGGGCGGACCUAAAGCUAUCGAGCGACACACGGCCCGAGGCAAACUCGUUCCCCGCGAGCGCAUCAACCGAUUGCUAGAUCCUGGAUCGCCUUUCUUAGAGAUGAGCCAGUUGGCCGGCUUCAAGUUGUACGGUGAUGAAGAGGUGCCCGCUGGUGGGAUCAUCACGGGGAUCGGUCGGGUGAACGGACAAGAAUGUAUGAUCGUGGCCAACGACGCUACCGUCAAAGGAGGCAGUUAUUACCCAAUCACGGUGAAAAAACAUUUGCGAGCCCAAGAGAUCGCCCGUGAGAACCGUUUACCGUGUAUCUACCUCGUGGACUCCGGCGGAGCCAAUCUACCUCGCCAAUCCGAAGUCUUUCCCGACCGAGAUCACUUUGGACGCAUUUUCUUCAACCAAGCCAACCUCUCAUCCCAAGGGAUUGCUCAAAUCGCCGUCGUCAUGGGCUCGUGUACGGCUGGUGGGGCUUAUGUACCUGCAAUGGCCGAUGAGAGCAUCAUUGUCAAGAAGCAAGGUACCAUCUUCUUGGGGGGACCACCCUUAGUCAAAGCCGCCACGGGUGAAGAGAUCACGGCUGAGGAAUUGGGUGGCGCUGACCUACAUUGUGGCCGAUCUGGAGUGACGGACCAUUACGCGUUGGAUGAUGAACACGCCAUCCACUUGGCUCGCACCAUAGUCGGGAACCUCAAUGUUCAAAAGAAACCCGAUGUGACUCUAAGUGUGCCCGAAGAACCAAUUCAUGAUGCCCAAGAUCUUUAUGGUAUUGUGGGUGAGGAUCUUAAAAAAACCUUUGACGUUCGAGAAGUGAUUGCUCGAAUUGUGGAUGGGUCCAAAUUUGACGAAUUCAAAGCCAAGUACGGAGAAACUUUGGUAACUGGCUUUGCGAGGUUAUACGGCUAUCCUGUUGGCAUCAUUGGAAAUAAUGGCGUGUUGUUCGCCGAGUCCGCAUUGAAAGGCGCUCAUUUUGUUGAAUUAUGUUGCCAGAGAAAGAUCCCUUUGUUAUUCCUUCAAAAUAUCACGGGUUUCAUGGUGGGAAAAGAUGCGGAAGCCGGUGGAAUUGCUAAACACGGUGCUAAAUUGGUGACUUCGGUGGCUUGUGCCAAUGUGCCCAAACUUACACUCCUUAUCGGUGGUUCCUAUGGUGCUGGGAAUUACGGCAUGUGUGGCCGAGCAUACAGCCCUCGCUUCCUGUACAUGUGGCCAAAUUCUCGCAUUUCCGUAAUGGGUGGAGAGCAAGCUGCUGGCGUGUUGGCCACGAUUACCCAGGAGCAACGCCGGAGGGAGGGCAAAGAAUGGACGCCCGAAGAAGAAAAAGCAUUGAAAGACCCCAUCAUCAAAAGAUUCGAGGCUGAAGGCAGUCCCUAUUUCUCCAGCGCGAGGUUAUGGGACGACGGUGUGAUCGAUCCGGUGGAUUCGAGGCGAGUCCUCGGGUUAAGCCUCAGUGCAGCGCUCAAUGCACCAAUUCCCGCCACAAAGUUCGGUAUUUUCCGAAUGUAAUGGCAAGAAAACGUAAGAACAGAUGGGAAAUCUAUGUGCAGUUCUCAGGUGAAUGUCAACUAUAUGAAUUGAGAGACACAGAAAACAUAAACAUAUUGAAUCUCAA